AGACAGAAAAAAAAAUUUAUUUGAUUCUCAAAUCAAAUCAGGCAAGUUAAACUCGCUUCUGCUUCUUCUGUGUGGUGGUAGUGUGGUACAAUCAACCGCAUCAACGAAAGCAAAGCCUCCAUCGAAGCAACGGAGAAGAAGGAGGAGGAGGAGGAGAAGGAGAAAGAGAUGGAGGCGAUCAGUCAUCGGACAGUGGAGAUAAACGGCAUAGCUAUGCACAUAGUGGAGAAGGGAAUGGGUGGAUUAGUCGUCCUCAUGCUCCAUGGCUUCCCGGAGCUCUGGUACUCAUGGCGUCACCAGAUCAUCGCCCUCGCCGACAAAGGCUACCACGCCGUCGCCCCUGAUCUCCGUGGCUAUGGUGAUACCGAUUCCCCCUCCGACAUCUCCUCCUACUCCAUCUUCCAUCUCGUUGGCGACAUCGUCGAGCUAAUCAAUGCCCUUGGCCAAGAACAGGUGUUUGUGGUUGGGCAUGACUGGGGAGCUCUGUUGGCGUGGCAGCUGUGCUUGUUCCGGCCGGACAAGGUGAAGGCUUUGGUGAAUCUCAGUGUUGCAUAUAUGCCUCGUAAUCCGGCUAUCAAGCCGGUUGACUACUACAGGUCUAUCUACGGCGAUAACUACUACAUUUCCAGGUUUCAGGAACCAGGAGUGAUUGAAGCAGAAUUUGACCGUGUUAGCACAAAACAAGUGAUCAAGAAGUUCUACACAUUUCGUGACCCUGCUGGUAUAUUUAUACCCAAAGAAGGUUGGAUUUCACCCAAUGAUGAAUUUAUUCUUCCUAAUUGGCUCUCUGAAGAAGAUGUCAACUACAUCAGUAAAAAGUUUGAAAAGUCUGGCUGGUCUGGAGGAGUUAACUAUUACAGAUGUUUGAACAGUAACUGGGAGCUUACAGAACCGUGGACUGGAGCACAAAUAAAAGUACCUACAAAGUUUAUAGUGGGAGAUCUGGACUUAACUUAUCACUAUCCAGGCAUCCAGGAUUACAUCCACAAAGGUGGUUUCAAACAUGAUGUUCCACUUCUUGAAGAAGUGGUUGUCAUGAAAGGAGUUGCCCACUUCAUCCAGCAGGAAAAGGCGCAUGAAAUCACACAGCACAUUCUGGACUUCAUCAAGAAAUUCUGAUCACCCUGUUUUCUGUAACCAAAACACUGUUUGUUGCUAAAUAAAUUGUGUUUAUAAUAAAACCUAUCAGCUCGUUCAUGUGCUGUUUUUAUGUAUUAUUGUCAGAAAUAUAGUCAGUUUCUUUGCUGUUUUCUGUGAA